AACACCAAGUGACCAAGAAUCUCGUUCUGUCCAGUCCAGACGCACACACUUAGAGCAGGGUCAUGGCGAUCACAGAAAACCACACUCAGACAGUGGCAGGAUGGGCGGCCAUGAACGAGUCCGGCAAGGUCGAGCCCUUCGUCUUCAAGAGAAGGGAAAACGGUGUGGACGACGUGACGAUCAAGGUGCUGUACUGCGGCAUGUGCCACACCGACCUCCACUUCAUGAAGAACCACUGGGACAUCACCAUGUACCCCGUCGUCCCCGGCCACGAGAUCACCGGCGUCGUGACAUCGGUCGGCGCCAACGUUUCCGGCUUCAAGGCCGGGGACCGCGUCGGCGUGGGUUGCAUCGUCGAGGCCUGCCUCGACUGCGACCACUGCCGCCACUCCGACGAGAACUACUGCGACAAGCUCGUGCUCACCUACAACGGCAUCCUCUCGGACGGCAGCGUCACCUACGGCGGCUACUCGGAGAUGCUCGUGGUCCACAAGAAGUUCGUGGCGAGGAUCCCGGACACCCUGCCGCUGGACGCGGCGGCGCCGCUGCUGUGCGCCGGCAUCACGGUGUACAGCCCGAUGAGGCGGCACGGCAUGGUGAAGGCCGGCGGGAGCCUCGGCGUGGUCGGGCUGGGCGGGCUCGGCCACAUCGCCGUCAAGUUCGGCAAGGCGUUCGGCCUCCGCGUCACCGUCGUCAGCACGUCGCCGGACAAGGAGAAGGAGGCGAGGGAGGGGCUCAAGGCCGACGACUUCAUUGUCAGCACCGACAAGAAACAGAUGCAGGCCAAGAGCAGGAGCCUUGACUACAUCAUUGAUACGGUCCCAGUCAAGCAUUCGCUGGGUCCGCUCUUGGAGCUGCUCAAGGUCGAUGGCGUCCUCGCGCUCGUCGCCGCACCGGAUCAGCCCAUUGAGCUUCCUUCUUUCCCUCUCAUCUUCGGAAGGAGGACAAUUAGUGGUAGCAUAACGGGGAGCAUGAAGGAGACGCAGGAGAUGCUUGACCUGUGCGGCGAGCACAACAUCACCUGCGACAUCGAGCUCGUCUCGACAAACGGGAUCAAUGGGGCGCUGGCCCGGCUGGCGCGCAACGACGUCCGCUACCGCUUUGUGAUCGACAUUGCCGGGGACUCAAACUAAGUCUUUGAUGUACUCCAUGUGUCUGGAUCAAUAUGGAGUUCUGAUGAUAGUCACAUGGGGAGAGUGGCUACUGAUCUAGCUCCUAUUUGAUGUGCAAAAUUGGACAACUCUAUCCUUUUCCAGUUGGUAUUACGAGGUUAAUUAUUGGUUCACUUGUGA